AUGAAGUGGCUCAUCGUUUUUCUUUCCUCGUUUAUUAUUAUCGUCAUAGCAGAUCGACAUUUAAAUGCCAAUGGGCCUUUUGGCAAACGUCACAUGAUUCAUGAUGAACCAAGUCCACAUGCGUGCAAUCCACUUGACGUUGAUGGCAUAUUAUCUCCUUCUACUAUAUCCAGUUUGAAUGUAUCUACGACGAUCUAUUCCAGCAACGAACAAAUCAAUGUCACUUGGACACCAGUAGAACAUUCGUGUAAAGAUGAUUUCAUUGGCAUUUAUUUUGUUGAAAUUCCUCUUACUGCAGCUUGUGAUUAUUUUGACUAUGAAUUUGUUAAAAAAGAGCAAAAUAAUAUGUCAUGGCAAGUGAUUAAUCUUCGUCGUCCAUUAGAAUUUCGUUAUUAUUCUCGUGAUCAUAUUUGCUCAGGCAAUUAUUCAAUCAGAGCAACAUCUUCCAUUAUUCAACCACUCAAUUAUAAUGAGCCCACACAAAUUCAUUUAGCAUAUGGUGAUCGGAUUGAUCAAAUUUAUGUUUCAUAUAUAACAAACUCAUCACAAUAUAUUCCACAAUGUCAAUAUGGAUAA